AGUGAAUGUAAGGUAAGAAUGUUGGGGAUCUAAAUUGCUAGUAUUUGGACAGAAAUCUAUUUUUUGUGGGUUCAACUUCUCUUUAAAUCCAAAAUGGUUAAGUAUGGAGUGGCUGUUACCACCUCAAGUCUUUUACAGGCCACCACGACAAACAAUAUCUUCAUCAAGCUGGUGGGCACAGAUGGAGAGAGUAAACGCACGUGGCUCAAAAGCAUCAAAGGGACUGCCACCUUCUACCUGGGAGCAGUGUCUAAAUUCUCUGUGUCGUGCCCCACCUCUCUUGGAAAGCUGGUGCUGAUUGAGGUCGAUAAAAACCUCUCAAUGUUCCCAGAAGACUCCUGGUUUCCCUGCAAGGUGGAAGUGAAGUCCCCGGAGGGAGACGUCUACAACUUUCCCAUGUACCGGUGGAUCGCUGACAGCGAGGUGCACCUGUUCAGAGAGGGAACAGCUCUAAGAACCUUGGAUGACAACCAUCAUCUUGGCAAGUACUGCAGAGAGAAGGAGCUGAAGCUGAGAGAGGAGCUGUAUCGCUGGGAUGUUUAUAAGGAGGGAAUACCUCACUGCAUUAAAGCAGAACAUCCUCUUGCUUUGCCAUGCGAGGUCCGCUUCUCUUUCACCAAGACUUCAGAGUUCCUCUUGACUGCAACCACGGGGCUGACAGAGCUGAAUCUGAAGGGACUGGCUUUUAGCAAGGAGAAGUGGACUAACAUUGAUGCUAUACGCAAAGUCUUCUGCAACAAAACAACAGACUUGUCAGAGUAUGUCGAGAAACACUGGAGGGACGAUGCCUUUUUUGGCUACCAGUAUCUGAAUGGUGUCAACCCCAUCUUGAUCCAACGUUGUAAAGUCCUGCCCAAGGACUUUGCUGUCACUGACGACAUGUUGUUUCUACGAGGAGGGAAAAGCUUGACUGGAGAAAUGCAGAACGGCAACAUAUUCCUGUUAGACUACAAGCGUUUGGAUGGACUGAAGGCAAACGUCAUCAAUGGGAAAAAGCAGUACUUGAUGGCUCCCUUUGUCCUGCUCCAUAAAACCCCAGACGAUAAGCUGAUGCCGAUUGCUAUUCAGCUGAAGCAGACUCCAGCAGAUGACAACCCCAUCUUCCUUCCUACUGACUCUGAGUACGACUGGUUGACAGCCAAGCUUUUUGUGAGAAGUGCAGAUUUCAGCGAGCAUCAACUAAAUGUUCACCUGCUGCGCACUCAUCUGCUGGCUGAGGUUUUUGCUGUGUCACUGCUGCGCAACAUGCCCAUGGUGCAUCCACUGUACAAGCUCCUCGUACCUCACACUCGCUACACUCUGCAGAUCAACUACUUAGCUCGACUUGCUUUGAUUUCUCCAAGUGGAGUUUUCACACAGUUUGCAUCAUCUGGUGGUGAGGCUAUGAUCACAAUCCUGAAGAGGUCCCUGUCCUCAAUGACCUACAGCUCCCUCUGCAUACCGGAUGACAUUGCUGAGCGUGGGAUGGAGGCUUUGCCGAACUACUACUACAGGGAUGAUGGACUCAAGCUUUGGGAUAUCACUGACAGGCUUGUGAAAGGAGUGCUUGGCCACUACUACAAGAGUGAUGCUGAGGUUGGCCAAGACUCUGAACUCCAAAAGUGGGUUCAAGACAUUUUUGAACAUGGAUUCCUGUCCCAGGCAAACACAGGAAUCCCUCAAAGGCUUUGCAACGUGGCAGAGUUGGUCAAGUUUGUCACCAUGGUGAUUUUCACUUGCUCAGGACAGCACUCGUCUGUGAACUCUGGACAGUAUGACUAUGGUGGCUGGAUGCCCAACACUCCCAUCUCCCUGCAACUUCCUCCACCCACCACAAAGGGGACAACAAGCGAGGCCACGAUGCUGAAGACAUUCCCAGACGUCAACACGACAGUUCAGGGCAUGUCUACCAUGUGGCUGCUCAGCAAGCAAUCCUCUGACUUCGUCCGUCUCGGCCUGUACCCUGAGGAGCAUUUCGGUGAGGAAAUUCCCUGCAAGCUGAUAAGCAACUUUCAAGGGGAACUUGAAAUACUAAGUACAGUGAUCAAAACCAGAAACAAGAGCCUGGAAGUCCCAUACACUUACAUGGACCCUGAUUUGCUGGAAAAUAGUGUGGCCAUUUGAAUGUUGCAGUGAAUGAAGGUGUGACGCCCUCCCUGAAUCUGACUUUGGAUAGUUUCCUGGUCUCUUUCACGCUAUAGGGUUGGUAUCCUCAUGAGGGAAUCUUUAUUAGCCUCAUUAGUCUUUCAAUUUUCUACUGAUGAUUUUUCAAAUUGUCUUGGUAGUUUGAUUGCUUCUUUUAAAGUUCAUUCUAAAAUCUACUCAUGGCAACUUUGCCACUGGGCAAACUCAAUCCAUUUCAAACAUUUGUAUGAGGAACACCUUUCACAGCUUUGCUAUUUGAAUACUGCUGUGCCAGCUGUGAGCAAAUGUAAAAUUAUCCAAAUGAUGUAUUCACGCACAAAAUAUACAAAUCUCAAACAAUCGUGCAGUGACUAAAUAUACGUGUACAUCGCUUCAACAGAUUAGACUUGUCUUUGUAUAUUUGUUGUUUAUUCUGUUGAUGUUCUGUUGCUGGUGCUUUGUUGCUUAAUGUAUAUGUUGCUGAUUUAUUGUUCAUUCUGUACUCACACCUGCAAUGAUUAAGUGGCUUGUCAAUAAUAAAACCAGAUCAUAAUGAA